AUGAAAACCAUACUUUUGACGCUUGCCUCAUCGCUAACCGUGGCGUUGACCUCGGCGGCGGGCCUGCCCAGGGAAAGGGAUGCCUCCAAGCCGUCACGCGUCCGCGCCGCCGGGUUUACUGACGCCGUCACCAGACAUGUCAUACCAAUGCGAAAACAUGACAUCCCGCCCGCGCCAGACCACCAUAUCCGUCGCAGAGCUGCUGGCAGUAGUCCGACGAACUUGAGGAAUGUUCAUGAUGUGUACUAUAUCAUUGACCUCAUUGUCGGAAAUCAGACCAUCCCGGUCAGUGUGGACACAGGGUCGAGUGAUACCUGGCUGGUGCAGGAGCCGUAUGAGUGCGUGUCGUUUUGGUUUGAUUAUCCGGGAGGUAAACCCAACUGCGGCCUCGGCUCAGGCUUCAAGGGAAACCUCUCCGGGGGCACCAUCCCCGACCUGCCCCCCUUCGUACGAUCCUACGUCGACGGUACUUUCGUGGCAGGCUACUACGGACGUGAAGACGUCACCAUCGGCGGGGUGACGGCGCACAACCAGCGCAUCGCCAUCGUCAAUUACACGUACUGGCGCGGCGACGGGCAGACGUCGGGCCUGCUUGGGUUGGGGUAUCCGUACCUGACCAGCCUGGACGGGGCGGACCAGAACCAGCCGCCGUAUGAUCCUGUGUUUACGACCAUGUGGAAGGCGGGGGAUAUUGAGCCUGUUUUUAGUAUUGCGUUGAGUCGGAGUGAGGAUCGGGGCGUGUCCGGGAUGCCGCAGGGGUUGAAGAAGGAGUCGUAUUUGGCCCUGGGGGGACUGCCGCCGGUGGAGUUUGAGGAGGGAAGUUGGGCGCGCACGCCGAUUCAUGGUAUGGAUGCCGUCCCGCAGUGGGGGUUUGAGACGGAUGAGAAGGGCAUGUAUAUCAUCAAGCCGGAUGCGUUUGUUGUCGGGCCUGGGGGAAGUGGUGUGGGCGGGUUGGCGAGGAAUACCACGCAGUUGCCGGUGCUGAUUGAUGCUGGGUCGACCUUGAGUGUUUUACCCGUUAAUCUCGUCAACCAACUGUACGCCGCCUUCGACCCCCCGGCGGAGUACCUCAGCUCAACAGGCUUGUUCUACGCUCGCUGCAACGCGACGGUGCCAACGUUUGGAGUGGAGAUUGGCGAGUCGACAUUCUACAUUGCACCCGAGGACUUGCUGCGCCAGACAGUCAGGGAUCCGACUGGCGAGUGGUGCCGUGUUGGUGUCACGGACGCUGACAGCCCGCCCCAUGUGCUUGGUGUGACGUUUCUCACGAACGUUGUGGCUGUCUUUGAUGUGGAACAUUCCGAAAUGCGUUUUGCGGCAAGGAAGAAGUACUAG